AUGUCGAACCCGAAACAGGCGACCCCGCCAGCUCCAGCUGCUCCGAAAUCCGCACUUGCCACAAUAAAGGACCAAAUCCUCCCAUUCGCAAUAGGCGGCGGGUCAGGCCUCAUAGCAACAACAUGCGUGCACCCCGUCGAUAUGGUCAAGGUGCGCUUGCAGCUGCUCGGUGAAGGGCAAGGUCGAGGCACGAAAGCGCCGAGCCCACUCGAUGCUGCACGGAUGAUCGUGGCAGAAGGAGGAUAUGGCCGGCUGUACAACGGUAUCUCGGCGGCAUACCUUCGACAGCUGUCGUAUGCUACCCUUCGACUGGGCUUUUACGAUCGAUUCCUGGCGGCUGUGACGACAAGAGCUGAGAGUAAAGGGCGAGAGGUGCAUUUUGGCGAUCGAGCUGUCGCUAGUCUAAGUGCUGGUGGUUUGGCUGCGGCGAUUGCGAAUCCUGCUGAGGUUGGGUUGAUUAGGAUGCAGAGCGAUGGGAUGAAGCCGCCGGCGGAAAGAGCAAAUUAUAAGUCAGUGGUGGAUGCUCUGAUGCGGAUCGGGAAGAAUGAAGGCGUUGCUGCGCUUUGGCAGGGAGCAUAUCCUACCAUUGUGCGAGCGAUGGCGACGAAUUUCGGGCAGCUGGCAUUCUUCUCUGAAUCGAAGGCCCAACUGGAAAGGCAUACAUCCAUGACCCAAAGGAAUCGAACAAUCGUGGCUUCCGGUAUCGCUGGCUUCUUUGCGGCGGCUUUUAGCUUACCGUUCGACUUUUUGAAGACGCGAUUGCAGCGAGGUGGUGAUACCUACAAGGGUAUAAUCGAUUGCGCGACGAAGGUCGCUAAAGAAGAGGGCCUGUUGAGGUUUUAUCGAGGGUUCGGCACCUAUGUGCUGAGGAUGGCACCACAUACAAUUAUUACGUUGAUCGUGGCAGACAACGUGAAAGCUUUGAUAAUGCCAGACGCGAAGGGAUUGUGA